CAACAAGCAGUGAAAUCCGUUCAGCAAAGGACAUAGCAUUUUUUUACUAGCGGUACGAGCACAUAACAUAAAAUGUCAUUAAAUUUGCUUAAUUUAUGACUUUAUUUGAUUAAGAACUUGAUAUCUUCACAUUGCAGUAUCGUGAACAUAAUUUAUAGCCCGUAGUCUUAACAGAGAAUACACGAAAAUAAUAAAUAAGAAUGCCCUUUUUAUGGUUAGUAAUAUUCAGGCAUAAUAAUCAGUCCCUGAGUUUCAAAAUCAAACCUCCACCAUUUAUGAUAAGAAUAAAUGUAACAUCAGCCUCUUAAUAUUUCUGUACACAUGCAUCCAGAAACCAAGGAGUGUUUACUGUAAGCAGGGCUGUUUCGGUCCCUGUCUGAAUUCAGCGUUGGCCUGGGUGCUUUCAGGCUGGAUGGCCGGCCGUAAAAACUUAAAAAAGAGGAGAGAUGGGAGCAGAGAAACGAGAGGGGACUGGGACAGGUGCCGUCGGUGGCCAUUAAAACCACAGCUGGGAAGGUGGAGCUUGCAUUAUACUUGAGACUUAUGUAAGUCGCUCUGGCUAAGGGCGUCUGCCAAAUCCUGUAAAUGUAAAUGUAAAUGAGACAGAAGCUGAUUUGCUGUUCGCUCUACACUCAUUCACCACCUGGUUUUAUUAUUUUUUUUAAAUCCGUGCUGUCCUAAAAAUCUUUGUGCUGAAGUCCGACGCACAUCGGCACACACAAUAGAGAAGCAACGGCAUUGUGUGAUUCACUAACAGGGGUUCUAACCUGUUAGUUUCGCAUUACGGAUAAUAACUGCUCAAAUCCAGAGAAAACUUUGUAUUCCAAGGGGACGAGGAGCUGGAACUAACGUUCUUUAUUUUUGUGGGAGAUGGAGGGCGAGACGAAUGCAGUGACGAACUCCCAAUUUUACAAAAUGACCGGCAUGGAUGACGGAAAUCGGAGACGGGUGGUAUCCAAGAACGGGCAUAGCAACGUGAGAAUCGAUAACGUGGAAGGCAUGGUCAAGCUGUACCUCCAUGACAUCUGGACCACUGUCGUGGACGUGAGAUGGCGCUACAAGCUGACGCUGUUCUCCACCACGUUCCUGAUGACCUGGUUCGUCUUCGGCAUCAUGUACUACUACAUCGGUAUGCGGAACGGAGACAUGGAUGACGAGCGGGAUUCCAACCACACGCUUUGCGUGGAAAACAUGGAAAGCAUGAUAGGUGCCUUCCUGUUCUCCCUGGAGUCGCAGACCACCAUCGGUUAUGGCUACCGGUACAUCUCUGAGGAAUGUCCCCUAGCCAUCUUCACGCUGGUGGCUCAGCUGGUCCUCACCGGUCUGGCUGAGAUCUUCAUUACGGGUACCUUUCUGGCUAAGCUGGGCCGACCCAAGAAGAGAGCGGAAACCAUCCAGUUCAGCAAGCUGGCAGUGGUCUGCAGGCACGAGGACAAGCUCUGUCUAAUGGUGCGGGUGGCCAAUAUGAGGAGAAGUCUCCUGAUCCAGUGUCAGCUGGCCGGACGGCUGCUCUUCCCGCACGAGACGUUAGAAGGAGAGAAGACCCUGGUUCAACAGACGGGUGUGGAUUUCCGAAUGGAUGGCAGCACUGACUGCCCCUUCCUCAUCCUGCCGCUGACCUUCUACCACGUCCUCGACGAGUCCAGUCCGCUGUGGGGCCUCACAGCCGAGAACUUGCCCACCCGCGACUUCGAGCUUGUCCUGACGCUCAAUGGCACCAUGGAGUCCACAGCCGCUACCUGCCAGAGCCGCACUUCCUACACCCCCGAGGAGAUUCUCUGGGGAUAUGAGUUCAAGCCCAUGCUUUUUGCGUCCUCCCAGGGCAAAUACGUGGCUGACUUCAAGUGCUUUGAUGGUGUGGUACAGUCCAGCGACCCGUCUAUGCGGACCUGCAACUGCGGGAAGCUGAAGCUGGAAGAGGAGGUCAAGAAGUAGUGGGGGGCAAGACUCUCCCCACAGCUUCUCGAGCAGUGAAUAGACAGGAAAUAUGUCUUAAUUUUGGGAAAUGGGGUUUUAGUCUUAUGUAACUUAUGGAAGAUAGCGGUCAAAUUUAAAAAAAAAUCAUAGGGGACACUGGGCACAGUUGUUGAAUGUUGUCAGUUGUUCAAAGAGAUACAGCAAUCUUCCUUCAUAACUUAUAUUCCCCCAAAUGCCAGGGAUGUUUAGCAAACUAGUACAAAUUUACUUUUAAAGGAAAAAAAUGUUUUUUUCCAUUGUCAUUUUUCUACAUUUCAUAAAAAUCAGAAUGAAAAAAAAUUUAACUGCGGUCUCUCCUACUUUAACCUCUCGGUUUAGACCAUCAGAUUUCUGUUUUCUUAGAUCUAAUUGGUGGUUGCCAUUAAGAGGACUGGAGCUAUUAAAUAAGCUUUGGUUAA